AUGCGUCUCGUGCUCGUGGUAUACGCCCUCACGUUAUGCUGCUGCAGUUUCGGUAGAGCGUAUGGCAUUGUCCCGGUCGCCGAGCAAGAGUCGGGUCCGGAAAUCGCGGGGAUGAGCACUGGUAACGCGGUGCAUUUCCUCAAGGGCAGCGAGAAGGAGAUUAAAGCGGAGGCUGAAGACGAAGAGAGGGCACUGAAUCCGGACCACAUUGUGAAGCUCGAGACAGCGUCCGAAAGGGUCCCUUUUGCUACAAACUUCAAGCAAUUUGUGAAUAAGCAUUUCCAGUUCGGCGAUGGGAAGAGUGUUGCCAACGCAGCAAAGGCGGCGACGGGCGAUGCGAAGACUGGGACAGACCAAGCGAAGGCUGUGGCAGCUGAGGCUCCAAAGGAGUUCACAAAGCUGGAAGCCUGGAAGAUCAUCAUGAAAGGGCAGGUGAAGCCGCUUACGAUCAUUGCAGCCAUUGCACUAGCUGGAGGUUAUGUUGUCUAUCUGGUGAAGGGCUAG